GCUAUGGCAGAGAACGAGACGUAACGAGACGCAAGUUCCGUAGUCGUAACGUAAGGUAAGGCAGAGAAAAACGUAGCUGUCGUAGUCGUGACUGGUCUGGAAUGGUCGGUAAAGUGUGUCAGAGCGACGAGGACGGAAUUAGUUUAACCGUUUCUCAAGGUUUUUAAAUAGGACGUCGUCUUUGUGUUAUGCACAUUUCUGAGGAUUUUUUCUUUAGAGGAUCGCUACUUUAGUAGGAUAUUUUUUCAGUAAAUUAUAUAUAAUUUACAAUAUCUCGUAAGCUGUAAAAAUAAAAAAUGAUGAUGAAUUUAUAUUUUUUGUGACAUAUUGGAUGAACGUGUCUAUGUUGCUCCUACGUAAAAAACAACAAAAAAGGUGGUUAAAUAGGCGCUGGCUUGUGAGUCCUAUAAAUCAAAAGAGGAUCCAACAGGGAGAUUAUGAUCAUUUAUUCCAAGAAAUAAAAAAUGAUUGUGAUUUUUUUUAUCGAUAUACUAGAAUGACAUUGGAACACUUUGAGAAAUUAGUAGAACUGACAAAACCAUAUUUGAUAAAAAAAAGUUAUCGUGCUUUACUCCCAGAACUACGACUUUUAAUAACUAUAAGAUAUCUUGCUACAGGUGACCGACCAUUUGUUAUAGCUUUGGCAUUUAGAGUUGGUGAAUCCACAAAGAAGACUGGACGAAAUAUGCACAAGGAUAUUGGAAGAGAUGGAACAUUCCAAAUUGUGUGGGUUCCAUUGAUGGAAAACAUAUUAGAAUGCGCUGUCCUCCAAACUCGGGAAGUUUAUACUAUAACUAUAAAAAAUAUUAUAGUAUAGUAUUGUUAGCCGUAGCUGAUCAUUUAUAUAGAUUUACAUUGGUUGAUAUUGGAGCGUU